GUAAUAAGAGAAUGUGUCAAGAGUCCAAUGUUGUCCCAAAUGUGAUUUAUUAGGAUUUCAGAUACUAGACUCACUCUCCCAAGAAGUAUCAUUAAACAUUAACUCAUUUUUAUGUCACGACCAGAAGUGUGGAUAUAUUGUUAGAGUCUCCUUUUUUGUGGACAACUCACAAAUAUCUAGAAACCAUCAAAUACCAGUUAUGAACAGCUACUAGCACUGUAUGGAAAGCUGUAUAUGCUUAAUAGAUGGCAGAACAAACUAUUUAUAUUAGUAUUUAACCUGUAUUCUCUAUACGGUUUAUUAUUUUAUCUGAAUAGAGAGAGCAAAGUAAAUUUACUCUAUUCCAUGUACAUGCAAAACUUGAAUAGCUGGAUUUAUAUGGUUUAAAUGGUAAAAGCACAGCUAGAACGCGGUGUUAUUAUAACAAAUUUAGAUCAUGUGACUGUGCUUACAAGCCAAUGAUAAGGUUCGAUCAAAGUUACGUGCCUAAUCAUUAUAAUGUAUGCCUUGUUGUGUUCAUGAUAUAGCAACUACUGCUAUUAGGCUGAACUACUGCUAUUAAAGAGGGCAAGAUGUAUCUAUUCAUUCUCCUAGCAUGUCUAAUGGGGAUAACUGAGGUAUGGAGUGCAAAGAUAUUACUCAAUCCAUAUUCUCAGGGAAAGAGCUCAAGAUUGAUGAACAUGGAGAAGCUCAGCUGGAUAUUACUUGAAGCUGGACAUGAGGUCUCUAUGGUGGUCAACAGUAGAUAUGAUGAAACAACGAGACCUGUCUCAAAGAAUGUGACAUUCUUCAAGUACAAGAUCCCUAAACAUGCUCUGCUUAUUCAUGAUGAUGAAGUUAUGAAAAGAAUCCAGGAAGGUUCCCUCUUUGAUAUUAUGAAUGUCUUAGUUGAAGUGUCCUAUGGUGCAUGUUAUGAUUUCCUAGCAAGUGGAAUUCUACAGAUAUUGAAGGCACAAAAUUUUGAUUUAUUCCUCUUUGACUAUGUGGAAAAUUGCGCUCGUUUUACUGUUGACUACCUCGAUGUUCCAACAAUCUCAUAUGCCAAUGAAGGAGCUGGUUCGGAUUAUUUAUUUGGACAUUUGGGUCACCCAGAACCAUGGGCCAUUGUUCCUCACAUGGUCAUGGGUUGUUCUGAUUCUAUGACAUUUCUGCAACGUGUUGAAAAUACUGUGAUUCAAUUAGGCCUACAAUGUACAUUUUUACCUGCAUUUAUAUUCACAAUGAACAGAUUGCGAACUGAAUAUGGACUUAACACAUCUCUGUCCAUCAUGGAUAGCAAUUCUCGAGGAGUAGCUCUCCAGUUCAGUAAUAACCAUAAUGUACUGGACUGGGUUAGACCUUUGAUGCCUAACCAUAUUUACAUCGGAGGUAUCUUCUUUGCUCCUUCUAAACCCCUUCCAGUCGACUUGGAGACGAUUGUGCAGAAUGCAUCACCUAAUGGUGUCAUAUUUGCAAGCUUUGGUUCAAUGUUAAAAGCCACUUUUCUUGAAAAAGAGAGAAUGGAACAAAUGGCAGUUGCAUUUGCUAAUGUACCUAUGACGGUGAUCUGGAAAUACUCAGGAGAACCUCCAAAAGCCUUAGGGAGAAAUACCCAUUUGAUGCCAUGGGUCCCCCAAAAUGAUCUGCUGGGACAUCCAAAUGUUAAACUAUUUGUGACGCAUUGCGGCUGCAGUUCUACAUUCGAGACUGUCUAUCAUGGUCUCCCCGUUGUUACAAUUCCUAUGAAUGGUGAUCAGUUUAAACACUCAACUCAGCUCACUUCAAGGCUUAACAUGGGAAUCGAGGUGGACUUCACAACCUUAAUGAACACAACACUCAUUGAAGCAAUCAACAAAGUCACGGGUGACCCCUCAUACAGGAAGAAUGCUGAAGAAGCCUCUAGGCGCAUCCAAGACAACUCAAAUAAACCGAAAGAUUUAUUCUUAUACUGGGUGAAUUAUGUUAUAAGGAAUAAAGGUGCAGAACACUUAAAAUCAAAACCAAUGCAAGAACUUCAUUGGUUUCAAUAUUUCUUACUGGAUGUGUUUUUAUUUCUGGGUGGAAUUUUAGCAGUAUCAAUCACAAUAGUAAUUGUCAUCAUUAAGUUUAUUUUUAGAAAAUUAAGGCUGUUAUGUUCAAAAAGUAAGACCAAAAAAGAUUAGAAUUAUUGAUUUAUUAUUAUCACCAUCAAUCUACUACCAGGCUCUACACUUUUUUAAACAUUAGCGAUAAGUUAGGUGGAAAGUUGUCAGUUCAUAGUAAAUGCUCAUAUAUUUAAGGAUUUAAGCCCUGGACAUAGUGCAUUGUAGAUUGAAUCAUUCUUCAAAAAGGUGUUAUUUCUACCUUUGCACCAGAUGCACAGCAUCGAGUGUAAAUCUUAGGAAAUAACACCUGAGUAGAAUGAAUCAGCCACAAUUCACCAAGUCUUGGGCUUAAAUUCUUUUCACACAUUGCAAAAUAUUUUUUACAAAAUCACCUAAAAGAUACGAAAUCACUAAAAGAACAUAUUUUCAUUGAAACUUUUUGCAAGGGUCAAGUUGACAAAGUAUCAAUUUCAAUCUGUAGAGUCAAGUUGUCACCUUGACAACCAUUCAAUGAAUGACCUUGGAUGGGUUGUCAGUUAUAUAAUGCAGUGCAGUUAUAUGAAGUACUGAUUGGCUGGAAUCUGACACACCUUGUCUAUCUAUGUGUGAAAAGCAUGUAAGAUAUAUGAUGUACUAUGUAUAACAUAAACAAGAGAAAUUGUAAAUAAAAGAUGUGUUGUAGAAGGGAUAGAGAAUGUAACAUGUUGGAAGCAAUCUAUUCAAAAAUAGUGUGUUUCCCUUACAAUCUUUUCAUUAUUUGAAAAGAAGAAUUGAGACAUCUGAUCAAGUGUAGAAGUUAAUAUUGAAGAUUUAUAAUGCAAAAAUUCAUUCAUUAGAAUUAAAAGGGGAGCAUCUUAUUGAUGUGCCAUGCCGGCCAAGCCUGAAAUGUGGUCUUGAGAACUCUGGUUCAGCCCUACAUUAUUUUUCAAAACCUAAUAAUUUUCUUCACAUCCAAUACACCUAUUUCUACCUCAAUCAGUUCGGCAAUCUCAAAUUAUUCACUUUACCUUUUUAAAUUCAGCUGGUAUUUAAAAAUGUCAGGUGUCCAGUCUGAUGGGGAGGAGAGUUCAUUCAAUCUCUUGCAUGCACAAAAAAGCAAGGCAAAAAAGCGAGCCGAGUGCAGAUUGCCCCUACUCCCUUAUUAGGAAACACAUUUUUCACUUAAUUUUCA